UGCUCUUGCUGGCACCACGGGGUGCCGGGCCCUGUGCUGGACACCUCAGCACAAGCCCCGUCACGCCCUCUCAUCGCCCAGGAGGCAGAGCCUGGGAGCAAGCCCCUUUGCAGAGGAGGGAGCCGUCCCCACCCAGGCUGCCUGGGCCCCCAGCUCCCCCCGGCUCUGCCCAGAGCACAAGUGACCGGGGCCCGGCUCUGUCUUGCAGUGGAGCGUGACCGCACCCUGGGCCACCAGGAGCCCCACUGGAAGGAGUUCCGCUUCGACCUGACCCAGAUCCCAGAGGGCGAGGCAGUCACAGCCGCCGAGUUCCGGAUUUACAAGCUGGCCAGCGCCCACCUGCUCAACAGGACCCUGCACGUCAGCAUGUUCCAGGUGGUCAGGGAGCAGUCCAACAGGGAGUCUGACUUGUUCUUUUUGGAUCUUCAGACGCUUCGAGCUGGGGACGAGGGCUGGCUGGUGCUAGACGUGACAGCAGCCAGUGACCGCUGGUUGUUGAGCCGGAACAAGGACCUGGGGCUCCGCCUCUUUGUGGAAACGGAAGAUGGGCACAGCGUGGAUCCUGGCCUGGCCGGUCUGCUGGGGCGACGGGCGCCGCGCUCCAAGCAGCCUUUCCUGGUCACUUUUUUCAGGGCGAGCCCCAGUCCUGUCCGAGCCCCUCGGGCAACCAGGCCCCUGAAGAGGAGGCCGCCGAAGAAAACCAACGAGCUGCCGCACGUGAACAGACUUCCAGGGAUCUUUGAUGACGUGCACGGCGCCGACGGCCGGCAGGUUUGCCGGCGGCAUGAGCUCUACGUCAGCUUCCAGGACCUUGGCUGGCUGGACUGGGUCAUCGCCCCCCAAGGCUACUCAGCCUAUUACUGUGAGGGGGAGUGCUCGUUCCCGCUGGACUCGUGCAUGAACGCCACCAACCACGCCAUCCUGCAGUCCCUGGUGCACCUGAUGAAGCCAGAUGCGGUCCCCAAGGCAUGCUGCGCCCCCACCAAGCUGAGCGCCACCUCCGUGCUCUACUACGACAGCAGCAACAACGUCAUCCUGCGCAAGCACCGCAACAUGGUGGUCAGGGCCUGCGGCUGCCACUGAAGCCCCGCCCCCGCCGCCGUGCUGCCCCCCGCCCGGCUCAGGCCCUCGCCAGAGGCAGGAAACCCUCCCAUGCCAUCAAUGCUGGGGUGGCAGGGAGGGCCCGCACACCCCUGCCACAGCCUGCCAGGGUCUCCCCGGGCCCCUCUGCCCCUUCCCUGGGGUUUGUGGCAGACCUGACCCACAGAUGCACCGGAGACACAUGGACUGCCCUGGGUUCCGCUCAGAAGUCCUGCCUUAGGACGUGUGCUUGGCCAUCCCCAGCCCAAAUGGAGGCUGGCCCAGGCCCAUCUGAGGGGUACCUGGACCGGGAGGCCGGCUGGCUGGGCUUUGAGCAGGGAGGAGGGUGUUCCCCUUUCCGGGCAGCACACUGGGCAUUUCCAGGGCACAC